UUUUUUUUAUUAUUAUUUUUCCUUUUUAGUUUUCGUUUGAAUUUUUUUUUUUAUUUAUUUUUUAAGGGGGCUGUCAAGUUCUAACCGGAAUUUGAUUCCUAGCUUUUCUUGGUGGAUUUGCAUUCCAAAAAAAGUAAACUUUUUUUUUUCUUUCAUGUUUUCGAAUUUUUGCCUUUUUUAGCUGAAUGUUGAAGAACAGUUUCGAGUGAAGUUGAUUUUAAUCACGGUUCAAGUUUCGAUUCCGAUCUCGUUUUGGAUUUAAUUUCGUGGAAAAUGGCGAAGCGUGGAUAUAAGCUGCAGGAAUUUGUGGCUCAUACAUCAAAUGUGAAUUGUCUAAGUAUGGGAAAAAAGACGUGUAGGCUUCUUAUCACAGGCGGAGAUGAUCAUAAAGUCAAUGUUUGGGCAAUUGGGAAACCCACUUCUUUAAUGAGUCUCUGUGGUCAUACUAGUCCGGUGGAAUCUUUAGCCUUUGAUUCAGCAGAAGUCUUGGUGCUUGCUGGAGCAUCUACAGGUGUGAUAAAGCUUUGGGAUCUGGAAGAAACAAAGAUGGUUCGCGGACUUACUGGACACAGAUCUAAUUGCACCGCCAUGGAAUUCCAUCCAUUUGGUGAGUUCUUCGCAUCUGGUUCCAUGGACACAAAUCUAAAGAUCUGGGAUAUCAGAAAAAAAGGAUGCAUUCACACAUACAAGGGCCAUGCUCGAGGCAUUAGUACAAUUAGAUUCACUCCUGAUGGCCGCUGGGUAGUUUCUGGUGGAUUUGAUAAUGUUGUAAAGGUUUGGGAUCUUACUGCUGGAAAACUCUUGAAUGAGUUUAAGUUUCACGAAGGACAUAUUCGCUCCAUAGACUUCCAUCCUCUUGAGUUUCUCCUGGCUACAGGUUCCGCUGACAGAACAGUAAAAUUCUGGGAUUUAGAAACUUUUGAACUGAUUGGAUCGUCCAGACCUGAGGCUACAGGGGUUCGCUCAAUCGCUUUUCAUCCUGAUGGGAGAACCCUGUUCUGUGGAUCAGAUGAUGCUUUGAAGGUUUAUUCAUGGGAGCCAGUAGUUUGUCAUGACUCUGUUGAUAUGGGAUGGUCAACACUUGGUGACCUCUGCAUCAAUGAAGGCAAACUUUUGGGUUGCUCAUACUAUCGAAAUUCUGUUGGAGUUUGGGUAUCUGAUGUAGCGCAAAUUGAGCCAUAUGGUCAAAAUGACUGCACAGAGAAGAAAUUUAACCUUGACGGGAGUUAUUCUUCAGAGAAAGCAGGGAGGGGCAUUAGGUCAACUUUGGGAUCACGGCCCCUCUCUCCUGAUUAUGAGACAAAACAAAUAAAGAACAUAUAUGUUGACACUGCUGGCAGUAAUACUAUUGCUACACAGAAAGUUGGCUCUUUGAAUUCUCCAAAAGUGGUACUCCCAUUGGAUGCCAAUGAAAAAAGUAAUCUGGCAGCUGAGAAGCAGAGUCCUGGAACAGGAGUUAAUGCUAAAUCUAAUGGACAAUUGGGUAACAAGUCUUUCAUCACACCUAGUGUUGUUCCACGGGACAACCAUGUUGGGAAAGACUCUACCAAUUCAGGAAAAGAAUCUAUCACCUUUUCAAGGACAAAACCAGGCAUGUUGCUCAAACCAGCUCAUCUUAGAAGACCAUCUGUCAACAAGUUUGAGGUUGAAAAGCUGUCAGCUGCAGUUGAAUCAGGAACUCUUAGCAGUAUAAAAAGCGGGUUAGACAGUGCAACGGAUCUGAAUUCUCAAACUAGGCUUACAUCAGAGAAUGGAGCUAGAAAAUCCUGUGAGGAAAAGGAUUCAAACAUUAAGAGUGUUAUAGAGAAACCUGAAAAGAUGUUAUCACCACAGACACCCCCUAAUGAAGAAACUUGUAAUGAAUAUCUCAAUAGCAACAAAGACACAAACUCUGUCAAAUUUGUGAAUGGAGUGGCUGUUGUUCCAGGAAGAACACGCACUCUGGUUGAGAGGUUUGAACAAAGAGAGAGAUUAAACAGCAGUGGUGAUCCAGCAACUAACACUGCACCUCAUGCAGUACCUGAAACAGAUAAAACACCAACCAUAGUGAAAGGAGAGACACAAAUCUCCAAGACACAAUCAGUCUCUGUCAAUGAUGGGUAUAAUGCCAGAAGUCAGAAUUCUAGAACCGAACCAACUUCUCAGUGUGAGGGAAGCAUUACUGGAAGUCAGAUUCCUAGAAGGGAAUCAACCCCAACUUCUGAAGGGAUCAUUACUGGAGAUCAAAUUUCUACAAGGGAAUUAACCUUCACCCCUGAUAGGAUCAUUACUGGAAAUCAAACUUUGAGAAAGGAAUCAACCUUCACCCCUGAUAGGAUCAUUACUGGAAAUCAAAUUUCUAGAAGGGAAUCAAGCUUUGCUUCUAGUGGCGUCAUUACUGGAGAUCAAAUUUCUAGAAGGGAAUCAACUUCUGCUUCUGAUGGGAUCAUUACUGGAAACGUAAUUACUAGAAGGGAAUCAACUGCCAUUUCUGAUGGGAUCGUUUCUAGAAAUCAACUUUCUAGAAGGGAAAUAACCUCUGCUAAUGAUAGGAGUGGACCAAGUGCUACAAUUACUGAAAAUCAAAUUUCUAGAAGGGGAUUGAGUUCUGCUAAUGAUGGGAAUGUUACUAUUACUGGAAGCCAAAUUUCAAAGGGCGAAUCAUUCUUCGUUAAUGAUGGAAACUUAAUUGAAAGUCUGAUGCAAACGCAUGACAUAUUCUUAAGCACUCUUCGGUCACGCUUGACAAAGUUACAGGUGGUGCGGCAUUUUUGGGAAAAGAAUGACAUUAAAGGUGCAAUUGGUGCCCUGCGGAAGCUGCCAGAUCAUUCUGUGCAAGCAGAUGUGAUCAGUGUUCUCAUGGAAAAAAUGGAGAUUCUCAACUUAGAUCUGUUUUCUGGCCUGCUUCCUGUACUUAUGGGCUUAUUGGAUAGCAAAAUGGAAAGGCAUGUAAAUGUCUCAUUGGAGAUGCUCCUGAAGCUUGUAGCAGUUUUUGGUCCAAUGAUACGCUCAACUGUUUCAGCCCCACAUGGGGUUGGUGUUGAUCUUCACGCUGAGCAGAGGCGAGAAUGUUGCAAUCAGUGUUUUUUGCAGCUGCAGAAGAUUCAGAAACUUCUUCCACCACUUGUAAGGAGAGGUGGUGUGAUAGCAAGAUGUGCACAGGAAUUGAAUCUAGUUCUUCAAGAAUGAUGAUGAAUGCUGCCAUCUAAAAUCAUCUGCUGCUGAAGAAUAUAAAAAGUAGCUGGGCGGACACCGCUUAACAGAGAUUCACUUGUGAUAGAAGGCCAUUUCGUAUCUUGUAUCUUGGAUACACAAUUUUGUCUUGCCACCUUACUGUAUCUUGCUCUGCCCGCUUUUGUCGGUACUGGACUGCUUGCUUGAGUAAGUAUCAUCGCUUGCAACCGUUACAUCUUGAA